UCAAAGGCGACAAAUUCCAUACAACUUGUUGUAAAACCAAAGAAAACUAUUUAUUUGCUUUAAAAAAUAGUGUUGUAACAUUUAGUGGUGUCUAAUAAGAAGUGUUAACUGUUUCUUAUUGGGAAAAACAAACCGUUCUAGUUCGGUCCUGGCAAAAUACAAUCAGCUGUUUGUAAUGACAGUUCCUCUGACAAAUACAAAAUGGUUGAAAACUAAAGUUGGCAAACAAAGAAAAGGCAGCGUAAUAGCGAAUUUUAGCGUUAAAAACGUUUUUUUAAAGUGAAAGUUAGUUAGUUUAUAUUGUGUUUAGUGUUUUGUGCACGAUGUUGGAUUUGGAAAUCGUCCCUGAACGCUCUCUGGGCUGUGAUGCCUGGGAAUUCGUUCUAGGGAUGCAUUUCUCCCAGUCAGUGGCCAUCAUUCAGAGUCAAGUGGGCACAAUAAGAGGAGUACAAGUACUUUAUAGUGACCAGAAUCCGUUGUCAGUAGACCUAGUAAUAAAUAUGCCUCAAGACGGCAUCCGGUUAAUAUUCGACCCGGUUGCCCAGCGACUUAAAGUUAUAGAAAUCUACAAUAUGAAAUUAGUUAAGCUUAGGUAUAGUGGUAUGUGCUUCAACUCGCCCGAGAUCUCCCCCUCCAUCGAGCAGGUGGAACACUGCUUCGGAGCCACCCACCCCGGCCUCUACGACUCCCAGCGACAUCUCUUCGCGCUCAACUUCAGAGGACUCUCCUUCUACUUCCCCGUCGAUAGCAAAUUUGAGGAUAUGUUUUUGUUCCAGCCGGGCUAUGCCCACGGGCUAGGCUCGCUACAGUUCCCUAAUGGUGGCUCGCCGGUCGUGUCGCGAACUACUAUCUACUAUGGAUCUCAACAUCAGCAAGCUAGCAGCAGCAGCCCGGGCGGGGUGUGCGGCGCGCCCCUGCCGGAGCUGCCCCUGUCGUGCUACCGCCACCAGCUGCACCUGCGGCGCUGCGACGUGCUGCGCAGCGCCACCGCCACGCAGGGGCUGCGUCUGCAUAUGUUCACUGAAGGCCCGGGGCGCUCGCUGUCGGAGGGCGGGGCGGGGCGGUCUGUGUGCCGCGUGGUCCGGUUCGGCAGCUCGGCGCAGCGCGUGUGCGCGGCGCUGGGCGCGCCGGCGCGGACCUACUACAAGGCCGACGACAAGAUGCGCAUACACCGCCCCACCGCGCGCAGGCGCCCGCCGCCCGCCUCCGACUACUUCUUCAACUACUUCACUUUAGGAUUGGACAUACUAUUCGACGCGCGCACGCACCAGGUGAAGAAGUUCGUGCUGCACACGAACUACCCGGGGCACUACAACUUCAACAUGUACCACCGCUGCGAGUUCGAACUCACCGUGCAGCCCGACAAAUGCGAUUCCAACUCGCUAGUGGAGAGCCGCGGCGCGGUGUGCAUCACGGCGUACAGUAAGUGGGAGGUGGUGUCGCGCGCGCUGCGCGUGGCCGAGCGGCCCGUCGUGCUCAACCGCGCCUCCUCCACCAACACCACCAACCCCUUCGGAUCCACCUUCUGCUACGGAUACCAGGAUAUUAUUUUUGAGGUGAUGUCAAACAACUACAUAGCGUCGAUCACGCUGUACCAGCCCGAGGGCACGCGGCCGCGUUAUGCCGUCAACUCCAUCGCGUGACAUUGCCAGGGAUCUCCAAGCAAAGGUAAAAAAUACACGUCCUGAACGAUUUCGGUUGUCAGUCACCACAUUAUACCUACACCCGCGUGGUUCCCCAUACAAACUUGAAAAUGUUCAACUUUCAACAUUAAACAAAUAAUGACAAAACUUCAGCCGAAGUGACUACAUAUCUUUACCACGAAGCACCUAAGAGGAAGCAGUAUUUUUAAAAAUGUGAUAAAAAAACUGUGAAAAAAUAUUAAAAAAACUCGAAAAAAGUGAGUGACAGAUCUCAGACGGUGUGUUAAGUCUUAUUUAAUUCCUUAGAUGGACUACAUAGUUAAUGUUUUAUGUUUAAGCUUAAUUAAGUUCGUAUUUCAAUGAACAUUGAUUCUUAAAUAAUAGUCAAAUGUGUUCUUUGUAAGCUAUUGUCGCGACACAAGAAUAUAUUGCCGCAGACAAUCUAUUCUUGUGCCGCGUUCUCGGGAUAAAAAUAAUAAUUAGACAAAAAAAAAUCAUGAAAAAAACUAGAAAUAGACUGUGCUGUAAAUAUUUUUGAGAAUUUGAUGAGAAAAUAAUAAUAAAUAAAUAAAUAAUGAUGAAAAUUGAUGUAUUUUUUCUAAAAAGAAAUGAUUUUUCGAUUGUGACGUUUGGUAGGGCGUGUGUGCAAAAAAAAAAUGUGCAAGAGAAUUUUGUCAGCACUCUGUAGAUAGGUUACGUUGAGUUUUAAGAACUUGAGUUGUAAACCAACAUCAUGUAUAAUUUAUUUUAACCGACAUUUUAUUUCGUACAUAUCUUUAAUUUAGUAAAAGAAAAAAAAAUAUUUAUGUAAUGAAAUUAUUGAAAGAUUUUUGUUAUAAAUUAUUUUUAUUGUUUUUUUUUUGAGAAUAGAAAUUGCACGACGUGCGUGUUUUUAAAAUUAUGUAUGAUUAUGAGACAGUGGCUUUUGAGACGUGCUUGGGGAGAAAUUAAAUAUUUUCUAUAAGUAUUGAUUGUGUGUGUGUAAGCAAAAUGGAACACUUGAAAUAAAAAAUAUAGUCACAAAAUAGCCUUCGAUAAAACGGCUUUUUAAAUUUAAGGUGUGGUCUAUUUAAGCAUGUUUCUUCUGACGGCUCUCAAAUACUGAUUUUAUGAAGUACAAAAUUUUAUUUAAUAAAAAUUAUUUUAUCGGUGUAUUUUAGUCGUGUUUUUUUUUGUGAAGAAAAAAAUGCAAAAAAUUAUGUGUCGUCUAAUUUUUUGACUCGACAAAACAUGUUUGAAAUAUAAUGUGUUGUCGUACUUUGACACGGAGAUGAAAUUCAAAUGUUAAUUUUUGAUUUUUUUGAAAAUUGUAAUUUAGGUUAGGUUUUGUAAAUUAGGAUUAUGGCUCCCGUUUUUAAUGGUCGGCGUUGGACGGGCUUCAAAGUUUAGUAGUUUAUUGAGAGAUCUGCUCAACUAUUUAUUGAACGGCUUAUUUUAUGAUUGAUAUUAAAAUAUUAAAUAAAAUUCUGUCUAUUUAAAAAUAUGAAGAAGUACAAACUAUUAGAUACGUUUUUGGAAAAACUGGAGCAAAAUUUUAAAGCUUUUGGUAGGUUUUUAAUAGACUGCUAGACGUUGAAGCCCGUCAACUAUUUUACUGUAGACAUCAAGCAGCCAUUGACCACAAACUUUGGCUAUCAGAUGACGCACGCUAUUCUUACAUAGACUAUAAAACCUUUUGAUAUCAGACCUCUUUGGUAACAAAACGCUUUCGAUUUCUAGUGCCAACAACGUUACGUUCUAAAUUUAAACUCAUGUCAUUUCGGUAAUAAUGAGCUUAUAAGUAGGCGACAAAAUGGCGGGAGGCGGUUGUGAUGUUUUAACUAAACUGCUGUUACGGCAAUAUGACACUUUAGCUUCGGUAAGGUUUAAAUGUUGCUUAGAUUUCCUUUUGAACCAUUUUUAAGCAACAAAAUAAAAAUAUGUACAAUUAACCCCGCCAUUUUUGUUUGUUUCCUAGUUCUUAAUGUUGUCAAGAGAUGGCGCUGAUGAUGAAAAAAGGUGGCAACAGAAAAGUUGUAUCGUUUUGUUCUUAAAUUAAUAAUUAAUAAUAUUAGCAAUAAUGUGCCUGAAAAAUGGUUCAAAAGUAAAAUUAGUGUGUUUGUUCAUGCACAAUUUGUCACUUGUGUGAUUGUCAAGUAAUGGCUGUGGUGCCAUAUAACAAGAAAAAAAAAUUAAAAAAUUGACAUAAUACAAUAAAAAAAGUAUUACAUUUAAGGUGGCUCUAUGCUACGUUCUAGUUCUGUGUGUGCGUAUAUUUUGUCACGGACCUAUUAUAAGCUAAAUAUUAUUUUAAAAUUAAAAUUCUUGAAUCGAGGGAACCAACGUAAUUAUUUUUUAACUAUCAUUUCUAUUUUAAAAUAAAAUUUCUUACCAUAAUCUUUGAGAGCGACAAGCCCCAGUAAAAGACCACAGCUGUCAAAAUAUACGCACAGAUAAAAACACAAUUAUUUUUAUAUCGAUUAGCUUAUUUCGUCACUCGAUGACGUGUAUCGAUUCAUCGUCACUUUAUAAUGAUUAUAUAACUAUGUCAGCCUUGUUGGUUACGCAGUAAUUGCAAAUACAUAAUAUAAAUAAAUAAAUAAAAUAUUAAUUGAAAAUGGG